UGUUAUUAAACACGCCAGAUGAGAGUAUUUAUACUUAUAAGUUAUAGCCUAGGUUAUAUUGUACAUCAGUGUUACUGUUAGUUAGUAUUAACACUAAAAUUUCAUUUCUGUUUUGAAAUUUGGACUUGACACCAGGGUAAAUGUCACAGUUGUUGAUUAUUUAAUGUUUCGGCAUUAGUCUUAUUAGGCCAGUUUUUGAAGAGAUUUUAAAGUAGCGAUUAUGAUGGAACAAGGCAUAAAUUUAGAAAGGCUACAGAAAAUAGAUAAUCGUAUUAUUGAAAUUCUUGACAGUGCAACACAAGUAUCUCUUUAUAAGUUUAAUCCAAAGUCAAAGGAAUGGGAAAGAAUGGGUAUAGAAGGAACGUUAUUUGUGUAUAAAAGGUCUGAGUUUCCAUAUUAUUGGUUUAUAAUAGUCAAUAUGCUGAGUACAGCGAAUUUAAUUAAACCAUUAACCUACGAGUUGGAGUUUCAGCUACAAAGCCCAUUUCUUCUUUAUUGUGAAAAAAAAGAUUUCAUCUAUGGCAUUUCAUUUUAUGAAAAGUGUCUUUUGUAG